UCUCCAUGGUAACGCAGCCGCCGCCAUAGCGCGAGCGUUGUCUUGUUUUUGAGCAGUAGCAGCGCGGCGGGUCCAGAGAAACUGCUUUCUUCCACAUUUAACGAUAAAACCUGACAAAUGUGAGUUCACCGAAACUCUCCGCGCUCAUGUUUGUUACCGAGAGCACCGUGAACGCGGAGGAGGAGCUUCCGGUCGUUUGUUUCGUUGUAAAACGUCUGGAACGUUUCAGGCUUUUAAAUGGUUUUAUUAACGGCAGCAUCUUCAGUUUAACAGGUAACUGCAGUUAUGCCAAAACGGAUUCAUCAGGAAUAACAACGUUUCAGCGCGAACGAUACAAAACGAGCUAAAGAUGACAGAAUAAGACACUCCCGAGGCUCCUCUGACUUCAGAAAAACACAAUGCUGGUGUUGCCUGUUUGGAGGCUUGCAAUCCCUCUGCCUGCAGUGCUGAUGAUCACUGUGAGCCUGUACAUGAUCCUCCUAGGGAUUGGGCUCUGGAUCCGAUACUGCCUCAAGGACUACUGUUCUUUAGAGUGCAGUGAAUGCUGUGCAGGCCUCUCUGUGUGCGAGCAGUGCAUCAGACUGGGUGAAAUGUGCGACUGCCGGCUGCCGGCUGUGGGACCGUUCCUGGCUGAAUCGUGCUCUCCGGCUUCUUGCUCCAGGUGGGACUGUGCCUGUACCUGCCAGGUUCCUGACUGUGACACCUGCAACUGUUUAUGCUUCGAGAUCAGGAUGAAGUAGGAGACGAGGAUGGAAGUGCUCAUCCACCGAACUAAUUUUAUACUUGUUAUAGCAUUUACAGCGGAGAUGGAGGUGGCUGCACACAGAACCGGCCUUACACCUUCUCUUCUGAGUCAUUCACUGACUUUUUCUCUUUGACUCUUUGAGACUGAACAUUUUUCUUUCAUUGCCAGAGAAUAGGUUGCCUUGCCGCUGAUAGGCUAACCGGUAGCUGUGUGCUGAUAUAUUUCUUCUGUAAAUGUGGCUCAAUAAUCACUAUGGUUGGCUGGCCUUUUCUACAACAUCACACUGCUGCUCUAUACACUAAUUUCCGCUAAUUUAAGAGACUACCCACCACCACUAUCACAUAUCCUCUAGGUUUACUAUAAUUACUGCCUUUGGACCAUCUGUGUGUUCAUCUGAGUAGCUGCAUCGAUCUUACUCGGAUCACACGGAGCUGACUGAAUGGGCAGGUUUUCGCUUCCUUCCUGAUCAGGGUCCGCCCUUGGUGGAUUGUGAUAAUGUCGACUGUAGGUCUCUAAAACGGUGCCAUUAUCCCCCAGCAGCGGGUCUUGGAUUAAAAGCAUCAACGCCAAAAGAGACCUUGUGCCUUUUGAAAUGGCCUGAGGUCACGCCGAGCUGAUGUCUGUUUUGCUGAAAGUACCUUCAGUACCUUGUUUUUAAUGAAUGCUUUAUUAAACCCGCAUUUACACCA